GGGGCAGGGGCGGGUGCCGCCUUCCCCUGCAAAACAAAAGGGAGCGGAGCGGCGUCUGGGCCGGUGUGCGACUUGUUUCGGCGCCGCGCGAGUGGCCGGUGAGCCGUGACCUCCCGGUGCCGCCGCCAUGUCCCGCCGCAGCCAGCGCCUUGUCACCACGCGCUAUUACCCCGGCGACGACGAUGCCACCACCAGCAGCAGCAGCAGCUCCCUGCUGGGGGGCCAGCAGCUUCCCUUUAAGGAGAGCACCGGCAGGACGAUCAGGAGGAAAUCCAGCAGCACGAAGCGCCUCUCUCCUGGCCCUAGCACCCAGACCUCCUACUACAGCGAGUCACUCAUGAGCGAGUCCUACCUUGGAGGUAGCCGGGGUCUCGCUGCCCUGGGCAGCUCUGUGCUGGACGAUGCCCUGGACAGCAGCACCUACUGGGGUGAGGAGCUUUCCACCAGGAGGAGAAGAGGCACAGGGGACACUGAGUCCAGUAAGAUCAAUGGGCUUCUGGAGAGCAAGACAUAUGACACCUAUGCCUCUUCAUCUGGCUACUCCUCAGAAGAUGACUACACCGGUCACUUUUACUCAGGCCAGAGUAGCUCUGGAUCGGGGCUGAGAACUGCAGCCUCUCGAGUGGGCUCCUUUCUCUGGCAGGUGUUCACCUCCCCAGUUCGGUUCGUGGGGUGGUUGUUCUCGGGGCUGGCAGCUGCCUGGCACCGCCUCACCAGCACAGGUCCUCGCCUAGGUGGAGUUUCCUUCUCCAGGCGCUACCCGUGGCUGAAGAGGUUCCUGCUUCUGCUGCUGCUUCUCCUGCUUCUCACUGCUGCCGCCUAUGGAGCUUGGUACUUCUACCCAUAUGGGCUGUCAGCACUCAGCCUCCCUUCCUUCCCAUGGUGGGGAGCUGGCAAGCUUUCCUCCUCUGAUGUGCCUGGGGCAGGGGACCUGACUGCACUGGACCAGGGUCUACAGGGGGAGCAGCGGUUCCUGGCUCGUUUCCAGGCCCUGGAGAAGCGCUUCGAGGCACUUGAGGCCAUGGUGUCACGGUGGGAGCUGCGGCGGGGGGCGGCAGCAGCGGUGGCAGGGGACAGCAGCCCCUCGGGGGAUGUCCUGGCACUGCUGGAGGGGCUGGUGAACCGAAGGGAUGCAGCGCUGAAGGAGCAUCUCCAUGCUGACUUGACCAGCCACCUCCAGGGUGAGCUGGAUGCUCUCCGAGCCCAGGUGCAGAGGGAUUUGGAUGGGCACCUGGGGAAGGUGGCACAAGCCUCUCAGGAGAUGGAGGCACGCUUGCUGGACCUGAACUCGGAGUGGCAGAGCUCGGUGCAGGAGGACCUGCGAGGAAGCUUCCAGCAGGAGGUGGGCAGGCUGGAACAGGAGGUGGCAGCACUGAGGAGGGAGCUGGCCGGCCUCAAGUCUGACCAGGAGGUGAUGGGGAAGCACAUGGAGGGGAUGCUGGAGCAGCUGAAGGCAAUGCGGGCAGAUGUGGAAGCGCAGUUCCCGGCGUGGCUCACUCGGUUCCUGGCGCAGUCCCAACGGGGUGGUGCUGCUGGCCUUGUCCUCCAGCAGGCAGACCUGCAAGCAGAGCUCCAGGCCCUGGAGCGUAAGAUCCUGGCUAAAAUCUCAGAGGACCAGAGGCUGUCAGCACAGGGUGCUCAGGCUGGUAGUGGAGUAGCUCUGCAGCGAGGGGGGACCGCAGGGGUGACAGAGGAGAAAGUGCAUCUCAUUGUGGACCAGGCUCUGAAACGCUAUAGUGAGGACCGUGUGGGGAUGGUUGACUAUGCCCUAGAGUCAGCAGGGGCCAGUGUCAUCAACACUCGCUGUUCGGAGACCUAUGAGAUGCGGACGGCACUGCUGAGCAUGUUUGGCAUCCCCCUGUGGUACCAGUCGCAGUCCCCCCGUGCCAUCCUGCAGCCAGAUGUCAACCCCGGGAACUGCUGGGCGUUUCGUGGCUCCCAGGGCUUUGCCAUCGUUCGCCUUUCCGACGUCAUCCGCCCCACAGCUGUCACACUGGAGCACAUCCCAAAAGCCCUCUCACCCCAGGGGACCAUCCCCAGUGCCCCCAAGGACUUUGCUGUCUAUGGCUUGAAGGAAGAGAGAGAGGAGGAGGGCCGCCUUCUUGGGCAGUUCACCUACAACCACGAUGGUGACGCCAUCCAAACCUUUUACUUGAAGGGUGAUGGCGUGGGCACAUACCAGCUGGUGGAGCUCCGGGUGCUGAGCAACUGGGGCCACCCUGAAUACACCUGCAUCUACCGCUUCCGUGUGCACGGGGAGCUGGCACACUGACCCCUGGCUCCCGCAGGGAUGGGAAGGCUGCUGCCAGGCCCACAGCAGGAAGGGAUUGCUCUCAUCCGCCGCUUCGCCUGUAGAAACCCUGGGACGUGCCAGCAGCGUGGGGGAGGAGAGGAGCUGGUGUUUAAGGGGUGAGGCUUUUGCUCUUCCAAGGACUGGCGUGGCGAGACGAGCAUCCCACGCGGGUCCCAGCGCAGCCUGGCCUCUGUUUGCGGCGCGUGUUGGACGUUUGGACUUCUUAAGCUAAUUUUUCACCGGGUCUGCACAGCCCCUUGUCCCCUUUGCCCUGCUCCUUCCUGACGGCGUGCCUGGUGUUGCUGGGGCUUGGGAAGCGGGGGGGCUGGUUUUGCAAUGCGCUUCACGUGGGCUCAAGUGCGAUAUCGUGUGGGACCGCGGUGACUGGCUCGGUGCUGCUUGAGUAGGUAGGAGCCACUGGUCACAGCCACUGAAUCUCUGCCCUCUGUGCAGGGUUACUUCUGCCUUGGCUUUGGUUUAGAUGAAGAUGUCCAAUGCUGGGCAGGCAAAGGGGAAAUAGGACAGUAUUAACAAAAGUAUUAACACAAACCAAAUGGUUUAAGGCAUCAGGAGGGGAGAAACUUGGCACACAGUGGUGGUGGAGCCCAUCCUGGUGCUGCCGUCCAUCCACUUGAGCCUUCCUGCUGCCAGCCAGCAGCUGUGUUGGGUCUUGGCAAUGCCGCUGGCACCCCCAGCUGGCUGGCUCUCCGGUGUUAAGCUCGAUGAUGGUAUUGAAAUCUCCUGUUGCCUGCUUUCCUUUUGAGUUUGUUCUGGUUUUUUGGGGGGUGGGUUUUUGUGGGUUUGGGUUU